ACAGACAGAUUGAUUCUAUUUAAAAACACACCCAUAACUAAUUGUUAAUCAACACAACACAUAGUUUUACUUUUUUGACACACAGACACACACACACAGAGACACACACACACACACACACACACACACACACACACACACACACUGCCAAGGUAAGUUGAAACGUUUAUGUAUUUGAAGGCUGACCUUGUCUGGGAAAGCAUUGUUUGUGAGUAUGAUUGGCACAGAUUCACUUGGAUUUUAAAGUUUCUUUGAACUUCGGAGGAAAUUUUAUUUUAUUUUUUUUGUUUGUUUGUUUUUCAUUCCCAGAUGCCCCGUGCCAAGUCCCACCGGCGGGCCCAGGCCCAGAAGCGGAGGAUGGCGCAGCCGCAGCCAUGGACCCCCCAGCCGCCUGUCCCCGAGUUCGUUGCUCGGCGCGGUACAGGGUACCGCCAUCGCGUGCGGAGAUGGCCGACUUCGAAGCUGACCCAGCGCAGCUUCAAGUUGGUCACUCCUGCCCAGAAGCCGGACCAGAAGAUGGUGUUCGUCGUGGGAGACUCCCACCUGCGGGCCCUGGUGGAUGGGAUCGUCGCGAUGCCGGAGGUACCUCUCUCUUUCUCUUUUCUCUCUGUUCCAGGUGCGCAUGCAGCAGAGCUGAGGAAGGAGGUGUCCCACGCCGCUCUCCCCUGGACCCCGGACGUGGUGUGUGUGCUCGCCCCGAGCAACAACCUGACAGCCAGCAGGAACAUCGGAGAGGCGUCGCUGGACUUCGGUGCUCUCCUGGCUACAGUUUGCAACCGCUGGGCGAAGGUGUUCGUGCUGGAUUUCCCUCCACGCCUGAACAUCGAGCCUGGCCUGCAGGAGCUGUUCCGCCAGGAGUUCCGCCGUGUCGCAGCACGCAUGGGUCUCCCAUACGUGUCUGUGGCAGAGCACCUCGUGCACCUCAGCGACAGCGACGGAACGCCGAUCCUCGUCCAGGCCCUGUGGGACGCCGCGGUCCGCCAGCUGACUCCUCCUCCUCCUCCUCCUCCCUCGGUGCCCCCCCGGACAUCGCCUCGUGCCAGGGUCUCCCCCGUGCUGGUCGUGACGGGACACAGCCCCGCGGCUCGUCACCGCAACCCACUGGAGUGGACCGUCGUCGGACAGGAGGGCAAGGUUCGAGCAUCUCCGGUGCAAGAGUCUGUCCUCCCGUCCAACCCCGUGUGGUUCAGCGGCGACAUCCUGGAGGCCAUGGAGAGGGUUUCGCCAUCCUCGGACUGCAGCGUCACUUCCCUUCUGCCAGCUGGCCAGGUCAUCACGGUGCUGGUGGUUGUGUGGCUCAGACUUCCCGUGUGA